AUGCCUGCACCACCUCCACCUCCACCUAUUAUCUUCAAUGCAUCCAGCUCUGGUGCAACAGAACAAGAUAGGAGUUUACUCCUUCAGUCAAUCAGAGCUGGGAAAACAUUAAAGAAAACUGUGACUGUAGAUAAGAGUAUACCUGCAGUUAGUGGUAGAGUAAAGGGUGAGCUAGGAAACUCUUCUUCCUCAAAUACCAGGGAAAAUAGUUCUAAUGUAGUAAGCAGUGGAAUUAAUGUUACCAGUAAUGGAGGACCUAUAGGGUUAGGUGGAUUAUUUUCUAGUGGUAUGCCUAAACUAAAGCCUACAGGACUCAGGACUACUUCAGGUGAAAAGAACCAGAACAAUGUAAAUAAUACAAAUUUUGGUCAGUCCACUGUCCCUUGCAUAAAAAGAGGUCCACCUCCAGUUCCACCAUCAGCUAUUCAAAAGCAACAGAUAUUUGCUCAGAAGGCCAACUCAACACAAGGACAAACUACUACAGACUCUGCAAAUUCCAAUGCAGAGGCACCCAAGGGAUUUGGGAAACCUACUCUUGCACCUAAACCACCUUCAACUCCAUCAACUACAUUGCACAAACCAUCUCCACCUCCUAAGAAAUUGAAUUUAACUACAGGAGGAAGUGUGUCUAGAGCACAAAGUAUGCGAUUGCCCAGGUCACCUCCUGUGCUAGCUCCAACUACACCUUCUCUUCAUCAGUCUCAAGAUUGCCUGAAUGAAACACAACCAAGGCCUACGAAUAGAAUUCUCAGACACCCGGUCGCCAAACCUCCCUCUCCUCCUACUUUUAGAGCAAAUAAUACAGCUACCACCGCGACCAGAGUGGCACCUCCACCACCUUCAAGAAUUACUGUCAGCGCUCCUGGUAUACCACCUCCUCCUCCACCUCUUCCUCAUCGCCCAGCUCCCACCCAUCAGAGACUCGCUCCGCCGCCGCCGCCACCGCCAACACCUCCAACAAGGAGUUCUUCCAUGCGCAACGGCCAAACCAUGAGCACUCUAGACCUAGAGAUACGAUACGCGGACAUGUUUCAUUCUAUCGCGAAUUUCCCGCCACCGGAACCAUUCAGAGGGUUUCAAAAAAUCUACAGCAGCAGAAACGCGGCAAAGCAGCAGGCUCCUGCACCACCCAUGCAAAUGUCUUCUAUAUCCAAUACAAUGGUACCAUUAAAUACAUCAUCUGGGGGUUAACUGUGGCAAUACAGUACAACUUCUUUGGCACAUUAAACGUUUUCAAGUAAUUCGUCUUAUUUAUUGUUAUACAAUUAGUGUUAAUCAUUUU